AUGUUGAAUGUAAAAUAUAUUGCUGUAGUUUUGUUUCUUCAGCUAUGUAUUGUUUAUGGUGAACAUAAAAAUGUAUUCGAUUAUAUAAUAGUUGGUUCAGGAUCAGCAGGAGCAGUUAUAACAAACAGGAUUUCGAAACUACCAUACAUUAAAGUUCUUCUGUUAGAAGCGGGAGAGAUGCCACCAUUGUCAUCGGAAAUUCCAUUUUCCCCCUUAAAUUUAGCUAAAACACAAUACAAUUGGAAUUUUACAACUAUACCUAGUAAAACCAUUGCUCAAGGACUUAAAAACAGGCAAAAUAAAAUUGUAGCAGGAAAAGCUCUAGGAGGAAGCACGAAUUUAAAUUUAAACUUAUUUGUGCGAGGAAACAAAAGAGAUUACGAUAACUGGGCAAAACACGGUGCCGUAGGUUGGGAUUGGAAUAGUGUCUUUCCCUAUUUUUUAAGACUCGAAGACAAUCGAGAUUAUAGUUAUAUACGCAAUGGUUUUCACGGUGUUGGUGGAAAUGUUGUUAUACAGACACCAUCUUUUCAUUUGCCAAUAACAGAAGGUUAUUUACAAGCAGCCAAAGAAAUUGGAUAUAAUAUUGGAGAUUUUAAUGCAGAGCCUCAGACAGUGUUUCAACCACCUCAGGGAACAAUUAAUAGGGGAGCACGUUGGGGUACUCUUAAAGCAUACAUUAAUCCUGUACGCGGUAGAAGAAAUCUCUCCAUUCUAACUUCAGCAUUUGUUCACAAGAUAUUGAUCCACAACAAUCGUGCUUACGGAGUUAAAUUCGAGCACCACGGUAAGUUGUACGAAGCUUAUGCCAAACAAGAAGUGAUCGUAUCUGCAGGGGUCUUCAAUUCCCCGAAACUCCUAAUGCUAUCAGGAAUUGGGCCAAAGCGUACCUUAGAAAGGUUCAAUAUUCCCGUUGUAGUAGAUUUACCAGUUGGGAGUAAUGUUCAAGAACAUCCAUCUACAUAUGGUUUGUUUUUUGGAGCUAAAACUGUUACUUACCUAUCAGAACGUAUUACAGUAGAUCAUUAUAAUGAAUUCCUAAUAAAUGGCACAGGUCCACUGACAACACUAGGAUCACUGGAAACAAUUGGAUUUGUAAAUUCUAAAUAUAACGAUGAACCUGAUUGGCCAGAUAUUGAACUCUUAUGGUUUACUCUAUCUGCGGCAUCUGAUAAAGGUGAAAAUUUAAGGCCCGCCAUGAACAUUAACGACGAAGUAUGGAAGACAACUUUCGAACCAUUUACAUCGAUUGAUACAAUAACUUGUUUACCAUAUCCAACACGUCCUAAAAGUAGAGGAUUCGUUUCUAUCAGAUCUAGUGAACCUCAUGACGAUCCUCUCAUUGAUUUAAAAUUUUAUUCGAAUCCAUAUGACUUAAAAGUUAUGGUUGAAGGUUUGAAGUACUGCCUGAGAAUGGCAUCCACGAAAGCGAUGAAAAAGUAUGGAGUCAAUCUCCUUCCGAUAAGUGUGCCCGGUUGCGGACAUUAUGAGAGAUUUAGUGAUGAAUAUCUCGCUUGUGUGGCAACAACAAUUCCAUUUACAAUUUACCAUUGUUCUGGAUCGUGUAAAAUGGGAAGUUAUGCUGAUUCUACAACUGUGGUUGAUCCAGCGCUCAAAGUUAAAGGUGUAGAAGGACUAAGAGUAGCGGAUGCUUCCAUAAUGCCAUUUGUGGUAACUGGACACUUGAACAUUCCAACUAUGAUGAUUGGGGAGAAGGCUGCCGAUAUGAUUCUCUAUGAU